CCCAACCCCGCAGUGCGCAGGCGCCUUUCACUGCGCUCACAGACCAGAGGGAGAGCUGCGGCAGCGCCACGAGGGAGAAAAGCACCGCUUUCCACAUUUCACAUUACUAAAGAACAAUGGCGGACGACUGGGAUGAGGGACCUUCAGCGAGCACUGCUGCAGUCAACAACUACAAUUCAGGCGGAGACAUCCAAGGAAGCUCCUGGAAAACAGAUGGAGGUUUUGGAGGACGAGGCAGAGGCAGAGGAGGGGGAUUUAAAAGCUUUGCCUCAGGUGAUACUGAUAAUGGAGAUGACGGGGACAACUGGAACAAUGCAGGUGGAGACAGAGGGGGAUUCAGAGGAAGAGGCGGCAGAGGACGUGGUAGAGGAUUCAGCAAAAUGGAUCGCAGCGACUUCAAUGGAGAGAACGAUGACGGUGGAGUGCGUGAAAAUGGGUUCAGAGGAGGAAGAGGUGACAGAGGAGGAAGAGGAGGAGGAUUCAGACAAGAUGGAGAAACAAGAGGCAGAGGAGGCUUUGGAGGAGGCUACCGUGGAAAAGACGAAGACUUCUUUGACAAAGGAGAAAAUAAAGAGAAUAAGGAUGGAACCGAGGGUGAAAGGCCGAGGGUGACGUACAUUCCCCCGACACUAGCUGAAGAUGAAGACUCGAUUUUUGCCCACUACGAGAAAGGCAUCAACUUUGACAAGUAUGAUGAGAUCAUGGUGGACGUGAGUGGCACCAACCCACCGCAGGCGAUCAUGACCUUUGAGGAGGCAGCGUUGUGCGAGUCUCUGAAGAGAAAUGUCAGUAAGUCUGGCUAUGUGAAGCCAACUCCGGUGCAGAAACAUGGCAUCCCGAUCAUCUCUGCAGGCAGAGACCUCAUGGCCUGUGCUCAGACCGGCUCUGGAAAAACGGCAGCGUUUUUGCUACCGAUUCUGCAGCAGCUGAUGGCAGACGGCGUGGCAGCAAGUCAAUUCAGUGAGCUACAGGAGCCCGAGGUGAUCAUUGUGGCACCCACAAGGGAGCUCAUCAAUCAGAUUUACCUGGAGGCGAGGAAGUUCGCUUUUGGGACGUGUGUGCGUCCAGUUGUGGUUUACGGUGGCGUCCAAACUGGACACCAGAUCAGAGAAAUCUGCAGAGGAUGUAACGUGCUGUGUGGGACACCAGGGAGACUCUUGGAUGUGAUUGGAAGAGGAAAGGUUGGGCUGACGAAGCUGCGGUACUUCGUCCUUGAUGAGGCUGACAGGAUGUUGGAUAUGGGCUUUGAACCUGAUAUGCGCCGCCUGGUGGGCUCGCCAGGAAUGCCGUCCAAGGAGAACCGUCAAACUCUGAUGUUCAGCGCCACCUACCCUGAGGACAUCCAGAGGAUGGCAGCAGAUUUUCUGAAGACAGACUAUCUGUUCCUGGCUGUGGGAAUAGUGGGAGGUGCAUGCUCUGAUGUGGAGCAGACAUUUGUCCAAGUCACCAAGUUCUCCAAGAGAGAGCAGCUCCUCGAUAUCCUCAAGACAACAGGAACGGAGCGCACCAUGGUGUUUGUAGAGACGAAGAGACAAGCUGAUUUCAUCGCCACCUAUCUGUGCCAGGAGAAAGUUCCAACCACCAGCAUUCAUGGUGAUCGUGAGCAGCGGGAGCGCGAGCAGGCUCUGGCUGACUUCCGCUCUGGAAAAUGUCCGGUCCUCGUGGCAACUUCUGUUGCCGCCCGUGGUCUGGAUAUUCCUGAUGUGCAGCACGUGGUGAAUUAUGACCUCCCCAACAACAUUGACGAAUACGUCCACCGAAUUGGGAGAACUGGGCGCUGUGGUAACACUGGAAGGGCGGUGGCUUUCUUUGACCCAGAUAACGAUGCCCCGUUGGCUCGUGCACUUGUCAACAUCCUGUCCAAGGCUCAGCAGGAAGUUCCCUCUUGGUUAGAGGAGUCUGCAUUUGGUGGUGGCGGUGGUGGUUUCUCUGGCUUUAACGCUUCCAGGAAUACCUUUGGCUCCACGGACACCAGGAAGAAAAACGGAUUCCAGGACAACAGCACACUGAGUCAACCUGCUGCUGCUGCAGCCGAUGAUGAAGAAUGGGAAUAAGGGAAAUAUUGCAUCAACACACCCACAUAGCACUGUUCUGAGUUAUUUUUUGCUUUUCUAAUAGAUGUUCAAGCAUAUUUUAGUUGCAUCAGUGUUUUUGUUUGACUGUUUUAUCUUUGUCUGACUGAAGACGAGGUAAAAAUGGGAACCAGGUGUUUUGUCAGAAGUGACUGUCCUCUCUGACCGUGUGUAUUUGAAGUGUUUUAUGUUUUUUUAAUCAUCUCUUUGAUUUGAAAACAUGGUUGAUGAGGAAAACGAUGUGCCUGAGCUAAAGCCAAAUUUGAGAAUGCCAAUUCCAAAUAUAAUUUGUAUCCUCCUUGGAUGACGAGAAUCCAAUAAAUGGAUAUUUGUUCAAA